AUGGUCGAAGGGUUGAAAGCAGAGAAUGUAUGGCUGGUGCUACAAACAAUCCAUCAAGACAUCCAAUAUGGCUUGAGAAGUUUUGAAAACUUUGUCAUUACAUUCUAUUCAAGGGAAGGAAACAAGGCUGCAAAUCGAAUUGCAAAGGAAGCUAUCUCCAUGGAGAACAAUGCUCAUAGAUUGUAUUCACUAGCACCUUCAUGGUUAAAUGCAUGUAUUGAGGCUGAUAAGCCAUAA